CUACUGUGGGCUCAGAAGGCGGGACCCACGGAUGACCUCCACCAUGUCCUGGUGCCCUCUCCUCUUCAGCCUCCUGGCUCACUGCACAGGGUCCUGGGCCCAGGCUGUGCUGACUCAGCCUCCCUCAGUGUCUGGGUUUCCAGGAGAGACAGUCACCAUCUCCUGCACUGGAAGCAGCAACAAUGUCGGGGGCUAUGCUGUCCAGUGGUUCCAGCAGCUCUCCGGAACUGCUCCCAAACUCAUCAUCUAUAGCAAUAGCAACCGACCCUCCGGGGUCUCUGGUCGGUUCUCUGGCUCCAAGUCUGGCAACUCAGCCUCCCUGACCAUCAGUGGGCUGCAAUCUGAGGACGAGGCUGAUUAUUACUGUGAGGCUUAUGAUAGCAGCCUCAGUGGUUGCACAGUGCUCCAGCCCUAUGGGGAAGCUCACACAAAAGCUUCUUCCUCUUCUGCCAGGAGGGAACCCUCCCUGUCUGCAGCUCCUGGAGCAUCUGCCAGACUCACUUGUACCUUGAGUAGUGGUAUCAGUGUUGGUGGGUACCAUAUAUAUUGGUACCAGCAGAAGCUAGGGAGCCCUCCCAGGUUUCUCCUAUACUACAAAUCAGACUCAGAUAAGUACCAGGGCUCUGGCAUCCCCAGCCGCUUCUCUGGUUCCAAGGACACCUCGGCCAAUGCAGGAGUUUUGCAUAUUUCUGCGCUGCAGCCUGAGGAUGAAGCCGACUACUACUGUGCCAUCUGGCACAACAGUGCUUCUCACAGUGACACUCAUGCAUGGAGAAGUGGCACAAAAACCCAGCCUGCCCUGGGAGUUACACUAUGA